GAAGUGACGUCAAAGCUGCGACGCCAGAGCCCGCUGCUGCAGCGGAUUUUCGGUGGAUCUAGAGGCGGCGGGCUUUCCCCGAAUGGUUGCAGCGGAGGGAUCAUGACGGGGAAGAAGUCUUCCCGGGAGAAGCGGCGCAAACGAAGCGGUCAGGAGGCGGCGGCGGCGCUGCUCGCGGCGCCGGACCUGGCCCCUGCCGUCGCUAGCAGCGGCAGUGGAAGUACCAGCGGCUGCGGGAGCGCCAGCGGCUGCGGGAGCGCCAGCGGCUGCGGGAGCGUCACUUGCUGUGGGAACACCAGCUUCAGUGGAAGUGUCGCGGGCGGUGGGAGCGGCGUGGAGCGCAGCGAGCGCCGGAAGCGGAGGAGCACUGACUCAUCUUCCAGUGUCUCGGGCUCUUUGCUGCAGGAAACCAAGUAUCUUUUGCCAACUCUGGAAAAGGAAUUAUUCUUGGCGGAGCACAGUGACCUUGAAGAAGGUGGAUUGGACCUGACUGUAGCAUUAAAACCAGUCAGUUUCUAUAUAUCAGACAAAAAAGAAAUGCUUCAGCAGUGUUUCUGUAUCAUAGGAGAGAAGAAGUUACAGAAGAUGCUUCCUGAUGUGUUAAAGAACUGUUCAAUAGAAGAAAUUAAAAAACUGUGCCAGGAACAGUUAGAGCUCCUGUCUGAAAAAAAAAUCUUGAAGAUUCUUGAGGGUGACAAUGGUAUGGACUCUGAUAUGGAAGAAGAGGCUGAUGAUGGCUCUAAGAUGGGGUCUGACCUAGUUAGUCAACAAGACGUCUGUAUAGAUUCUACUUCAUCCCUGAGAGAGAACAAGCAACCUGAAGGUUUGGAAUUAAAACAAGGCAAAGGGGAAGAUAGUGAUGUACUCAGUAUAAAUGCAGAUGCUUAUGACAGCGACAUAGAAGGCCCGUGCAACGAAGAAGCAGCUGCUCCUGAGGUCCCAGAAAAUACAGCCCAAAGUGAAGCUGGCCAGAUCGAUGACCUGGAGAAAGACAUUGAGAAAAGUGUGAAUGAGAUCCUGGGACUGGCAGAGUCUAGCCCAAAGGAACCCAAAGCAGCCACCCUGACUGUUCCUCCACCAGAAGAUGUUCAGCCUUCUGCACAGCAGCUGGAGCUGCUAGAACUUGAGAUGAGGGCAAGAGCUAUUAAAGCCCUAAUGAAAGCUGGUGAUAUAAAAAAGCCAGCCUAGUUAUGUAACUUGAAUCUGAAUGUUAGGUGUAUUUGAGCAAAGCCACAUCAUAUAAUUUUGUAUUUCAAGUUUAUUUUGGGUCUUACGUGAUAUUUCUCAUGUAACCCUUAUUAGAUAAACUCAUCUUAGGCCUAAAAUACAUAUAUUCUUAUUAGUGUUGUUACUUUUGUAUUAUAUAUAUAUGUUAUUAUUUUAUGAAUUCAUAGCAGAUAUCAUUGGAUAACCUGGAGACUUUGUUAGAGGAGUAUUUAGCUGUAUCUGCAAAUUUAAUAUCUGAAAAGCCAUUAGCAAAGAGUCAUGGUGUUUUUUUUUUCUUAUUUUGAAAUGUUUUGACAUCAAACCUAAAAGUUUAAGAAGGACUGACCAAGCAUGUUGCUCUUAGGCUACCUAUAUUUUGCAAUAGAGUAUUAAAUUAUUGCUCCUAGGUUUGUUAACAAUUUGAGACAUUUAGUUAUGCUUAUAUGCACUUUUAAAAUAUGUACUGUCUUGGAGAUGCCUUCUUUGGGUUUGGGUAUGGAUUUACUAGUAAAAAAUUGAGUAACAUGUUUUGUUAUAAAGCUAAGAGAUCCAAAAUGGCUGAGAAAAGCUUUUUUUUUUUAUAGAAGGAAAAGGAAAAAAAGACUUAAUUUAAGGCAGUUUUUAACAAUGUAGAAGUAAUUGCCCAACUUUAUUUAAUUCCAGCAGACAAGCCAUUCUAACAGGUAUUUGAUAUUAUUGGACACUUAGUUCAGUUUUCUUCCUUCAAUAAAAAGGGAACACAUUUUCAUUUACAUUCCAAGCUAUUAGAAAAAGGAGACUAUUUUAUCGUACUGGCUUUCUUCUGAUGUUUUUGCUUAACAAUCUGAUGUGCUAUAAUUCCAUGAAUUAAAAAAUAAAGACUAUCAUUCUGGAUCUGAA